AUGGGAUUGUAGGCACAAUUACAAUGGUGACAUGUCUAGUCCCCUACAAAAUCCCGACAAAUCCUCGCCUCGCACUAUAUCUAACGACUAUCAUAUCCGUGGAGUCGAAUCAAUCUGCACCGCCUCACAUCUUCAGCGAGAUCAUCACAAGCUUGCUCUUGGGCACAUAGAACAGUCUCUCCAGCAUUUACAGCUAGAGGCUAUAUAUUAUGCUCCUACAAUGUAUGCAAUUAAGGUGGAAGUGACCCGCAAAUCGGAUCGAGGUCGCAUGGUGAACUUUUUACGGAAGUUCAGGCGAAAGUGAUUUCCUAUAAUAGAGCAGAUUCUAUCUGUAUUAGAAGAAGCAUAGGCAAGUUGAGCUUUCCAUGACACCGAUAUAUAUGGCCCAAGUUGUUCUCGAGAUUAGAGUCCGUCCCUGAACCUGGCCGUAUGGAGACUGGGUGGCAUACCUAGCGAAGUCCUA